GUUUAGGAAUCUCUGUCCCCAAUUCAUCAGAAGUUUGUUUGGCCGUUUACAGCAACGGCUCGCCUGGCAUUGGCUGGCAGUCCUCCACAAUGGCAAACAUCCCCAUCGAGCUGUACUACUCGACCGCACUUUUACCUGUCUUGUACCUGCUUAUCAGGACAGUAUUUCUCCGGCCGACGACUACAAAGCUGCCGCUGCCGCCGGGUCCCAAAGGAUUGCCUCUGGUCGGAAACAUCGCCGACCUUCCCCCAAAGGGAGGACUAGAAUGGCAGCAUUGGGUCAAGCACAAGGACCUUUAUGGCCCCAUCAGCUCAGUCAACGUCUUCGGGCAGACGAUCGUCCUGGUGCACGACCUGGAGGUGGCCCUGGAGCUCCUGGAUAGACGGGGGGCGAAGUACUCUUCGAGGCCGCGCAUGGUGUUUGCAGGUGAAAUGAUGCCUUUUCAACCAUACAACAAAACCUUUCGCCAUCAACGCAAACUGGCGGGCGGGGUAAUCGGCACGAAUACCGCCAUCACGCGAUUCCAUCCCUUAAUCGAUGUGGAAGUGCGCCGCUUUCUCGUGCGAACGCUGCACAAACCUGACAGCGUUCUCGACCAUCUCCAAACCGAGUCCGGUUCCGUUAUGCUCGGGAUGCUCUACGGAUACACGCCUUCCCCUACCGAGCCCGAUGCGCUGGUUCGUCUGAUCAACAAAGUCAUGGCCGAGUUCAGCGAAGCUGUCGUGGUGGGUGCCUGGAUGGUCGAUCUGAUCCCCUGGCUCCGAUACCUUCCAGAUUGGGUACCCGGCACGGGGUUCAAGCAGACGGCCCGCCAGUGGAAGAAGGACUGCGACGAAGUCAUGGACGUGCCAGCAGACUUUGUGGUGCAGCAAAUGGAGCGACGUGCGGCGAAGCCAUCGUACGUCGAGCGUCUCCGGAGCGCCGAGCCCGAUGCCGAGAAUUGGAAGCACAUCAAGCAGAGCGCUGCUGCCCUGUACGCUGGCGGGGCCGACUCGACUGCCGCCGGCCUGAGUUUCUUUCUCCUGGCUAUGACGGCCUACCCUGAUGUGCAAGCGAAGGCGCGCGAAGAGAUCGACCGCGUUGUGGGUACCGGCCGGCUCCCUAAUUUCCAGGAUCGCGAAAAGCUGCCCUACAUCGAGGCUGUGGUAAAGGAAACGCUGCGCUGGCAUCCGCUUGCGCCGUUGGGACCGCCCCAUAUGAGCGACCAGGAGGACGAGAUCCGCGGGUACCGGAUCCCCAAGGGGGCCAUCGUACUCCCUUCGAUUAAGUGGUUUUCGGCUGAUCCGGCUGUGUACCCGGACCCUGAGCAGUUCAGGCCUGAGAGAUUCCUGGGGCCCGACCCGGCGCCUAGUCCGUAUGCCUAUGUCUUUGGUUUUGGAAGAAGAAUCUGCCCCGGACGGCUGUUGGCUGACAGCGAAAUCUUUCUCACUAUUGCGCAAACUCUUGCCGUCUUUGAGAUUCACAAGGCAGUUGACAAGAACACGGGCAAAGUGAUUGAGCCCGUCGUGGGAACGACACCGGGUCUUGUGGCGCAUCCAAUACCUUUCCAGUGUAGGAUUGUACCGAGGAGCAACAAGCAUGUUGAGCUGAUUGGGGAAGUCGAGCACGAACAUCCAUGGGAGGAGGGUGACGCAAAGUUGCUCAGGGGACUCAGUAUCUAACUUUGACCUCAAGUCGGGGCCAGAAGCCAUAUGAAUGUCAAGAUGUGCUCUUGGGCGUGAAGACAAAACGACUGCUGCGCAGCGCUGUCAACAAGUCAAGUCUACCAAGUCAAGUCUCCAAGUCAAGUCAAGUCAAGUCAAGUCUUGUCUUAUUUCUGUAGACUUGUCAAGUCAAGUUGAUGCACCGAGUUGACUUGACAGACUUGACACUCAGUAGGGUUAGGGUAUCGAAUAACAAGUAAGUCAACGUGGGGUUAACUAGCCCAAAUUUUAUCCAAGAUCAAAACUCGGAACAUACCGAAAUAGCCAUUUUACCCAAUCUUCUGGCUGAACCUACUUCGACGUGUUGCCUGUCGCGUCGAUCACCUCCUGGUCACGAGGUGAGGGGUGUGGGUUGG